CAUUUGUGUCGUGAUUUUGUCAUUCGUAUUUGUCAAAAAACAAAAAGUCAAUGCAAUAUUGUAAAAUUGUUUGUGUAUCAUUUUUCAGAAAAUCUAACAUUUACGUGAGAUAAAGAACCUUAAAUAUAACCAUGGAUGGCAAAGUAAAGUGACAGAAGAGGCUAAAAGAGCAGAGAGCAAAUGAAAAUGUGAAUUUUUUGCUGAACAACAUGAAAAGUUCAAUAAACUGAGUAAUGUUGGAACAGUACUGAUGACAAAGCACAGGGUGGAAAUGUAAUCAAUGAUAAUAUAGACCAUAGUACUUCCAUAAAUAUUCUGCCAAAUGUGUCAAACUUAUGAUGGUUGUUGUUGUUGCAGUUGCAGUCAAACAACCUGUCAAAUAUAAUGAAAAAUCAGCCAUCAUAAAUGUGACAUACAUGCUUGCAAAUAUUAAUAUUUAUAGUAUAAAAUUAUGAAAUUAUCUACAUUUUUUUAAUUUUUUUGGAUAUCAUACUAAAACCAGAAAACAAAUGUUACUGUUUACAGGUACAGAGGAAAUUGAACAUUUAGGAACUUUUAAAGUGAUCAAAGAGAUGGCUGAAAAACAUGAAAAACAUUCAAAAUACAAUUCCACUAGAGACUCCAGAAAUAAAGGUAGAAAAAGAAGCAGGGAUGAUUCUAAAUAUAAUUUGAGUGAAAGUAAAACUCCUCCGCUACCAAUAAGACAUGGUCAUAGUAUCGAAGAAUUAAUGAAGCGAAGAGAAUCUAUUAAAGAGGAACUUAAAGACAUCGCCAAAAAUGGAAGCAAACACAAUGAAAAUAGUAAAAAAUGUAAAAUUGAAGCAAAAAGCUCUGGUCAGUCAAAACAUGAGCGCUUUACUGAUAUUUUUCAAAAUACUAAGUCAAUUAAGCAGAUGUCAUUUAAAGAUUCUUCGCCUGAUAAUGUCCAGGACUAUAGCCAAUUAGAUUCUGAAGAUGAAGAAAGCAUAAUUGAACAAAGAAGACAACAGCGUAAACAGCUACUGGAACAAUUGAAUGCAACUGAGACCAAAACAGAGUUGUCAGUAAAACAUUCUGAUGAUAGUGGACAAGUUAAUAAAGAAGAAGAAAAAAUUAAUUCACCUGUGGAAUUGAAAUCUUCAAAAAACAUUACAGAUAUGUUCUCAGAGGAAGACUUUGCUCCAAAGAAGGAUUCUGAUAUUGUUACACAAGACAAUAGUGAAGUGAGUCUACAAUUAAAUGAUAACUGGGAUGACUCUGAAGGAUAUUAUAAUAUUAAAGUUGGAGAUAUUGUGGAUAAUAACAGAUACACAAUUAAAUCACUAUUGGGGCAAGGGGUCUAUGCUAAUGUUGUGAAAGCUCAAGAUAAUAGCAGAGGAAAUAGUGAAAUUGCAAUUAAAAUUAUUAGAAACAAUGAUUUGAUGUACAAAACAGGUUUAAAGGAAAUUAAGUUUUUGAAAGAGGUGAAUGACGCAGAUUCUGAAAAUAAGUAUCACUGUGUGAGAUUAUUGACACAUUUUAUGCAUAAAGGGCACCUCUGUUUGGUAUUUGAAGCUAUGCACAUGGACUUAAGAUGUGUACUUAAGAAAUAUGGUAAAAAUCAUGGCCUUAAUGCGAAAGCUCUGACAAAUUAUAGCAGACAGUUGCUUCUAGCAUUGAGACUAUUAAAGAAAAUAGGCAUUAUACAUGCUGAUAUAAAACCUGAUAAUAUUUUAGUGAAUGAAAAUAAGAACAUUUUAAAACUUUGCGAUUUUGGAUCUGCUAUGAAAAUAAAUGACAAUGAACCUACUCCUUACUUAGUAUCAAGGUUUUACAGAGCACCUGAAAUCAUACUCGGUAUUCCUUACAAGCACAGUGUGGAUGUAUGGUCAACUGCUUGUACAAUUUAUGAGAUGGCUACUGGAAGAAUUCUUUUCACUGGAAGUUCUAACAAUAGAAUGUUAAAAUGUUUUAUGGACUUAAAAGGAAGGAUACCAAGUAGAAUAAUAAGGAAAGGGAAAUUCAAGGAUCAACAUUUUAAUUACAAUAAUAAUUUUCUUAUGCACAAAACAGAUGAGUUCACUGGAAGAGAAAAGGUCGUUGAAGUUACCAAUAUUACUGUAUGCAGAGAUUUGGGCAAAGAGCUAAAGAAGAGCUAUAAAAAUGCAACAAUGUGUGAUGAAAAGAGAAUUACACAAUUGAAAGACCUCUUAGAUAAAAUGUUGGCUUUGGAUGAGAACCAACGACUAUCAGCUACUGAUUGUUUAAAACAUCCAUUUAUACAAGAAAGUAUUCAAAAAUAAAUAGGUCAAAUAAAUUUUAUUACUGUUCUUGCUGUU